AUGCGAGUGUUGCUGCAGCUAGCUAUAGUAUGUUUGUCCGUGGGGGUGGGAGAAAGUGCCUGUCCUCACCUAGAGGCUGGGCUGGAGAACUGGGGGGACACAACGUCCUGGACAUCGGGGGUACUACCUGUAGAAGAUGACCAAGUUGUUAUUCCUUCAGGCAAGAAGCUCCUGCUGAACGUGUCCCCGCCCUGUCUGUCCUCCAUCACCAUCGAAGCAGGGGCAGCGUUAGUCUGGGGCGACGUGGACAACCUCAACGUCUGUGUCAGCUACAUCCUCAUCAGAGGCCGCCUCCAGAUCGGCAGCGAAGACUGCAGGUUCACCAGGAAAACUCACAUCAGACUUAUAGGUGAAAGCAACUCGACGCUGGUCGUUCAAGGCUUCGGUAGAAAGUUUAUUGGUGUAGACGCAGGGGGGACCAUAGAAGUACAUGGGGAAGAAAAGCCAUCUUGGACUAAACUGAUCAAGACCGCAUACUCGCCAACUGAUGGUUGUGAAAAUCUCUUCAACUUUCAGGAAAGUCAGUUCAACAAAGAGAAUGGCAAAGGCUUGUACGUCACCGUGUUCAACAUGGACGGCUCUCUGUGGGACUUUGCGUUGUUUAGAACAGGCGAUGGAGUGGAUGGCGAAGACGUCAAGUUCAAAGACUUUGUUACUGAUAUCCCAAAUGACAAGAUCCUUGCUGUGGCUAUCCAAGGUGAACUGGGGACUGGGGACAUGAGCGCCGUGUACGAAACACUGGAGUCUGCUGGGGGUCUGACGUCAUCAGCCAUCCGCGCAGUCACUGGUCGACAGGCUUAUGCCUUCAUAACGAAAACAGGUGAUGCUGGUACCACCCGGGAAAUACACGUCUCCAUCCCAAAUACUGGCGGAUACAGAGAGACUGGUUACCUGUCUCUAGACGACAACGGCUAUCAGUUCCUGGUCAACAGCAAAGUAUAUAUAGAUCCAAAAAUGACGAAAGGUAUUAACUUCAUGUCCGUGCCGCAAGAAGCACGCUUUCCUUGUAUCACAGUCAACGCGGACGUAUCUAAGUGGAGACCAGGAGACAAAGUCGUCAUAGCUUCCACCGACUUCGACUGGAGACAGGCUGAAGAAAUGACCAUCAAGAGUUGUCCUUCUUGUGAAGUAAACCAGAUCUGUUUCACAGAGCCUCUGCAGUACAUGCACUAUGGGGAGGUAACUCUUGGUGUUGACGAGAGGGCGGAAGUGGGGCUGCUGAGUCGGAACAUCCUCAUAGAGGGCGUGAUACCGGAAGACGGGUGCAGUGUCAACGAGCCGGAAGAUCAGUACCUCUGUGACCUGUUUGGAUUUGACACAUUUGGAGGUCAGAUCAAGAUUUUGAGAGACUUUGAAGCUGCCCAUAUCCAAGGCGUGGAGUUAUUUCACAUGGGACAACAACGGUUUUCCGGUUCUUACCCACUCCAUUUCCACAUGUGCGACGACGCCGACGGCCAGGGUUUCCAGCACAACUCCCUCCACCAUUGUCUGGCUAGAUGCGUCACUGUCCAUGGCACCGACGGCGCAGAGGUGUCUGACAAUGUGUGCUAUCUCCACCACGGGCACGGCUUCUUCCUGGAGGACAGCGCGGAGCAGAGGAACGUCUUCGACAGCAACCUGUGUAUCGGCACCAUGCACGGCACCCACAUCAUGUCCGACAUGAAGAAGGAAUGGUGCAAUGCUACCAUGAGGCCUUAUUGCGACGCUCUCUCCUCCUACUGGAUCACACACCCUAACAACACCUUCAUCAACAACGUGGCCGCAGGCUCAGAUAAUACAGGAUUUUGGAUCCUUGCGUCUCGUCACCCCCUCGGCCCCUCCCGACAACGCCAGCAACAGAGGGGGCUGGUGCCUGAGUUCCAUGCCAUGCAGACAAAGGUCAAAGAAUUCAGAAACAACACGGCUCACUCUAAUAUGAAUGCAGGGUUCAACAUGGAUGACGAGGUAUCUAUCGGAGAGGUCUUCGACGGCGAUUAUGUCCCGGAGAAUGGUAUCGUGUCAGCACGUGUGUCCCACUCACCGCGGAACCCACCUGGUGAUCCGGACGCAGCGUUAGACAAGUCCUACCUGUACAGUUUCACGGGCUACAAAAAUAGAGAGUUGAAUGUAUGGACGAAAGGGGGAAUAACCAUCAUGGACAGUUUCACACUUGCAGACUCCCCGGUCGGCUUGACCAUGUCGUGGGGGGAGAGUGAUACCUACACACAGAUCAGCAACUCCUUGUUUAUAGGGGAAACAGACAACAAGGGGCUGCCUGUGGCACCGUUUGGUCGAUCUGUGGCCACAUCAAGUGUGGAGCCACUUCAGGGUGUCACGUUCUACCAAGGUCCAGGGUAUGUCAGCAACUCAUUCUUUGAUAAAUACGUGACAAAGAUAUCAGGAAGCACCAUCAGAUACGCCGGUGCCGUCAGCGUAAGGCGCAGCAGCCACUACCCCGUCAGGGCGAGUUCCAGCGUGAAGGGAGUCAAGUUUGGCUUCUGUGACGUGAGUGAGGGCAAUUGGGCCCUGAAUGGGGAUCCAUCCUAUCCAUUGUUUGACAACAUAGACGGCAACCGGCAGAACAACUUCCUGGACGUCGACGGCAGCGUCUCCGGGACUCCGGGGACCCAGUUCGUGCCGAACACACGAUUCCUCACCACCAACCAAUGUGACUAUAGGCAGGACUCGAACUUCGCCGUGUGCCCUCACGACUACGCUCGGGUGCUGUUCACUGGAGACGGGGCCCUAGACACUCUCCGCCAGAACUUCCCCAUGUUUCUCCGCCGUGACGACAGGCCAGACGACCCUUUCUCCGUAGAAGGUGUUUGGGGAAACAACUAUUUGGUGAUAAAGAAGAAAUCCUACACAGUCUACUUUAAUGGAGCGUCACCGUUCACAGUGCAAGUCAAGGGGCAUAACUUGGGAAGAGGUGACUACGUGCGACUAGGACUGUGCUACCCUAAGGAUGUGACAAGCUUUACAUUUCAGAGCUAUUAUCCAUUGAUCAAUACCGCCAACCCGGCCGUCCAAGUGGACAGCAUCAGCGACCUGGACAGCGACACCACGGGGAGGGCCUACUUCUGGGAUCAGGCAAGAGGACUGCUGUUUGUGAAGGUUUACUCUGAUGCCGAGCGCAUUGACGGCGAGCACUGUCCCGGUCGUCGUUGUCAAGCAAUCAAGAUUACCAGGAACGGCGGCAGCAACAGCAGCGUGGACUGUUACGCCUCCGCAUACGACGGAACGUACAACCGAACCGAAGACGCUGCGGUGAACAUUCCAACAGCCAAAACCUGCGUCAAGACUUCUUCCGAUGGCUAUGGUGCGGAAGUAGAGCCAGACUUCUUCGAGGUUGCAGAAUCCAACACGCCUACCUGUGUAACUGGAGGUGUCCAACCAGAGCUAAAGGGAUGCUACGGGGAACGCUAUGAGCCGAGGGACCUCCCUUAUGCCUAUGUAUCACUACCCACAUCCUUGACCGUUGAUGUAUGUGUCACAAGAUGUCAUACAAGGGGCUAUGCUUUCGCUGGAGUUUCCAACGGGCGCGAGUGUGCUUGUGGGGAUGCAUAUGGGGGAUACGGCGCCAGCAGUGACUGCAACAAGCCCUGUGUUGGGGACAACGACGUCAACUGCGGGGGCUACAAGGCUGUCGCUGUAUAUACAACCGGCAUAGCCGAACCUGCAUCUUUUGAUGCAUGUGGACCCGACGGUUCUGGCGCAUCGAUUGAUGGGAAAUGUUUCUACCUCACUUCCGGUAGUUAUUCUUUCGUCGAAGCUCAGCAAGCAUGUGUCGAUCUUGGCGGAAAUCUUGCGACCAUCGACUCAGAAGAUGUACAGGUUCAAGUAGCCCGUUACAUGCGACCGAAGAGGACAGAUGCAUGGUUUGGGCUGAACGACAUCGUCGACGAGGGUGUGUUUGAGUUUGCUGAUGGUUCACCACGGGGCAGCUACAGUAACUUCUUGUCAGGACAGGGCACUUCCCAGUUCCAAGAUGGCGUAGCUUUAAUGGCAGACAGGCUUUACCUGUGGUUUGAUCAGAACGUGGACAGCAGCUUUCAAGCUUUAUGUCAACUGCCACUCACCACCACGCCAGAUGUGGAAGGCUGCGGGCAUCACGGCUAUGGUCAGCAGGUAAUAACGACUGGAGGAGGAUGUUACCUGGUCCACAACACUCCGGGCACCUAUGACCAGGCCAUGUUUGCCUGCUACACCCGACGGGGCAGUGUGGCAACCGCGUCUGAUACUCAGAUGUUGGCUGACAUCGUGGAACACCUCGACGUGUUCGGCCAAGAGAUAAACUACUGGGUGGCGAAGGAAGGCAGGGUUUAUUAUGAACUGCAACAUGCGACAUCGUACAGCAAGCAGUCGGCGGACAAACUGAACUUAAACGGAGUGGUCUGUAAGAUAGAAACACUUACAGACAGCACACCCUGUUCUAGUGACUGGUACUACCGCGAUGAUAACUGCUAUCUCACUGUGCGACGAUGGGCCACCUUCUCUGCUGCGUCCGCCUUCUGUAACCAGGGCGACAGUCGUCUUCUCACCGUCCAGGACGACGGGGAAAACACGUUUGUGGGAGGCUAUACCUCGACACAGCUGUGGCUGGACUUCGUCUACAGCGCUGCAUCUGGUAACUUUGAGUUGGGAAAUGGUUCAACGUCGACCUACACCAACUGGGACGUCAACCAAGGCGGCAGUAACGUCGUCAAUGGCGAAUGUGCACGGACUAAGCCAAAUAACCAAAAGUGGAAAAAUGUGCCUUGCACGGAGAAAUCGUGGACCAUGUGCAAAGCACCUGCAGGGCCAUGAACUGAUACCGGCUUCACGGCUGUUUCAAACCUGGCCAAUAACACAUUGAAAGACACAGUAAAAUAAUUAUAUUUCUGUUAUUGAUAAAUGUGGUCUGGAAUUUGCUGACAUACUCAAGUAUACCUAACCCCUCAAUACUGAUUGUAACCGACAACCUG